GGCAGGAGGCGGGCUCUGAUCACAUCCGAACAUUCAAACAUAACUGACGUAGGCUAUACUUCAUCGUCUUUCACCUCUCAAAUGAUAUAAGAGAUUUUUCAUAAUCUCUCUGAUUUCUAUCAUUCGUUUUAUUAUCCUUAUAAUCUCGUCAUAUUUUGCAUUCAUGACACGGUCGAAGAUUUGACAUUUUAGUUUGAUAUUCAAAACAGGCGGUUGUUUAGCGGUUAGACAAGUACGUAGAUUUACUCACCUAUGUCAAGUCGGUAUUGUUUUGACUCCCGGGAGAGUCAUAUGAGCGCUCCGCCAGUGAUCCGACCGCCAAGUCCCCUGUCCCCGGGGUCUAAUGGCAUAUCUUUCCAGAUACAGAUCGGGCUGAGCCGCGAGCCUGUACUUUUGGACUCGGUCGACUUCAGCCUCGCUCAGGUCCGGGAGAUGGCAUGCUCCAUCGUGGACCAGAAGUUACCUGAGUGUGGCUUCUAUGGGAUGUAUGACAAGAUCCUGCUGUUCCGCCACGACCCGGUCUCAGAGAACAUCCUCCAGCUGGUGAAAUGUGCUACAGACAUCACAGAGGGAGACCUGGUUGAGGUGGUCCUGUCAGCCUCUGCCACAGUGGAGGACUUCCAGAUCCGUCCCCAUGGCUUGUUUGUCCACUCCUACCGGUCCCCUGCCUUCUGUGACCACUGUGGAGAGAUGCUGUGGGGCCUGGUGAGACAGGGUCUCAAGUGUGAAGGUUGUGGUCUGAACUAUCACAAGCGCUGUGCCUUUAAAAUCCCAAAUAACUGCAGUGGUAUCCGCAAGCGGAGGUUGUCCAAUGUCUCUCUGACCGGCUUGACCACACUGACCACCACACGGUCCAAUGAGCCUUCGCCUUUCACCUCCGACGAGGCCUUACUGUCUCCUGUCAGUCCCGGCAUGGAGCAGAAGUCACAGACAGACUUCUUUUCUGGCAGAGAGAGAAGGUCCUCUUCCUACAUCGGCCGGCCUAUAGAGUUAGACAAAAUCCUCCUGUCCAAAGUUAAGGUGCCUCACACCCUCGUCAUCCACUCCUACACACGCCCCACCGUCUGCCAGCACUGCAAGAAGCUACUCAAGGGCCUGUUCCGUCAAGGCCUGCAAUGCAAAGAUUGCAAAUUCAACUGUCAUAAACGAUGUGCGCCCAAAGUGCCAAACAACUGCCUUGGAGAAGUGUCUAAAAAUGAAGAUCUGCUGAGCUCAGGGGCGGAGUCUGAUGUGGGGAUGGGGGAGGGUUGUGACGACCACGACAGUGACAUGAACAGUGGUCUGAGAGAUGACAUGGAGGAGGCCAUAGUGCCUGACUCGGGCCUGCUGGAGGCUGGCCAUGGGGAAAUGGGAGACCUCCAUGACCCAGAGGACGACUGCAACAGGGCUAUAAGCCCAUCUACUAGCAACAACAUCCCGCUGAUGCGAGUGGUCCAGUCAGUCAAAAACACCAAGAGGAAAAGUAGCAAUAUCAUGAAGGAAGGUUGGCUAGUGCACUUCAGCAGCAAAGACACUCUGAGGAAAAGACACUACUGGAGGCUGGACAGUAAAUGCAUCACGCUUUUCCAGAAUGACACAGGCAGCAAAUACUACAAGGAAAUUCCGUUGUCAGAGGUGUUGUCUCUGGACCCAGCCAAGACCUUCAACCUGCUGUCUGAGGGCUCCAACGCCCACUGCUUUGAGAUCGCCACGGGCAGCUUGGUCUACUAUGUAGGGGAGAACCUUGCGAGGCCGGAGGGCCCGGGGAGCAUGUCAGCCCACAGCAGUAUGCUGGUCAGCGGGGUCGGGCCGGAUGUGGCCAGGAUGUGGGAGAUGGCCAUCCAGCAUGCCCUUAUGCCCGCCAUCUCUAAAGGACUGUCACACGGGUCACGUCACAGUGGCCACAAGGAUGUUUCCAUCAGUAUUUCAGUGUCCAACUGCCAGAUUCAAGAGAACGUGGAUAUCAGCUCAGUGUAUCAGAUAUUCCCGGAUGAAGUCCUUGGAUCGGGCCAAUUUGGGAUUGUUUAUGGAGGAAAGCACCGAAAAACUGGCCGGGAUGUAGCAAUUAAGAUCAUCGACAAGUUACGCUUCCCCACCAAGCAGGAGAGCCAGCUACGCAAUGAGGUCGCCAUCCUUCAGAACCUGCACCACCCUGGGGUAGUGAACCUGGAGUGCAUGUUUGAGACGCCGGAGCGCGUCUUCGUUGUCAUGGAGAAGCUCCACGGAGACAUGCUGGAGAUGAUCCUGUCCAGUGAGAAGGGGAGGCUGCCUGAACGCAUCACCAAGUUCUUCGUCUCACAGAUUCUUCAGGCUCUUCGUCAUCUCCACUUCAAGAAUAUCGUCCACUGUGACCUCAAACCAGAGAACGUCUUACUGGCGUCUGCAGAUGCUUUUCCACAAGUGAAGCUGUGCGACUUUGGCUUUGCCCGCAUCAUUGGAGAGAAGUCUUUCCGUCGGUCAGUGGUGGGCACUCCGGCCUACCUGGCCCCUGAGGUCCUGAGGAAUAAAGGCUACAACCGCUCCCUGGACAUGUGGUCUGUGGGGGUCAUCAUCUACGUCAGCCUCAGCGGCACCUUCCCCUUCAACGAGGACGAGGACAUUCAUGACCAGAUCCAGAAUGCUGCCUUCAUGUACCCACCCAACCCCUGGAAGAAGGUGUCCCAGGAAGCAAUUGACCUCAUUAAUAACUUGCUGCAAGUCAAGAUGAGGAAGCGCUACAGCGUGGACAAGUCGCUAAGCCAUGCCUGGCUACAGGACUACCAAAUGUGGCUGGACUUACGUGGCCUAGAAUGGAAGAUGCAUGAGCGCUACGUCACGCAUGAGAGCGAUGACACCCGCUGGGAACGCCACGCUGAGCAGCACGGCCUGACGUACCCCGCCCACCUGGUCAACCCACACGCCGAUGUCAGCGAGGGGGUGGAGCCUGACCCCGAGUCGGAGGAGGUGGACACCAUGGCGGCCACGAUGGCGGCCCUCAGCGACAGAGUCAGCGUGAUGUGAAUACUGUAAAUGCAGGGCUACUGCCCCCUUUAGAGUCAACGUGCUGUAGUACUGAACACUGCUGCCUCUGCCCCCUUUAGAGUCAACGUGCUGUAGUACUGAACACUGCUGCCUCUGCCCCCUUUAGAGUCAACGUGCUGUAGUACUGAACACUGCUGCCUCUGCCCCCUUAAGAGCCGUCUCACUCCCUCCACAACACAACACACCACAGCACAACUGACUCACUGACUGACUGAGCCCUCCACUCCCAGCCAGCAGCUAGGGGCUCGAUAUCCAAACCCUGCCUUUAAACUAACUGCCUAACUAACAAUUAAUCCCAUUUCUAAUUGUCUGUAUAUGAGUCAAUCAGGUGUAUUGCCUACCUGCCUAAUGAAAGACAAUCUAAUUUCUUAUACUGUAAAACUCUGGGUGUGAAGGAUCAUCCAAGUGUACUGUAUGUUAAGUCAACAGCAGCAAACAAUCCCCCCCAAAAAGCCAGCUAAACGAUUUAGUCAAAACCAAAAUGAGAUGUGUUUCACUGUGAUUGGGUGCAACCCAACGAGACAGCUCAGGACUAACCUUAGUGGUAUUAAGAGUGAGAAAGGAUACUAUUAUUACUAACGUUUUAUUUCACUCUUGAAUGUACCUUUAUAUGAUGACAUGGUAAGAAUUCACAGAAAACCAGUAUAGCCAGAAAUGGUGGAAAGACAAAGACAGAGAGGGAGAAAGAGAGCGGCCUCUGUAGGCUUCAAGAGUAUGGAGACAAAUCCUGAGGCCUGGAUACAGAGAAACAGUGAAUGUAGAAUACCUGUAAGCAUUUGUUCUCAUCAAGAGCUAGCUGCUUUUCUAGUGUAUAGUGUUGAAAUGUGUUCAUGAUGUGAUGCUGAACGUUGCGUAUGUGGCUACUGUACAGUAUGUUUGUGCUCUUUGCACAAUUGCAACCAGCCUUUAAUGCAUUUUUGCCUACAGGGAAUACAUUCUUUUCUCUGGCUACACAUUUAAAUAAAUAUAUUUCAAAGCUGA